CUUGGAAAAAUGCUAGCUAGUUAUGCGGAAAAUCUUGCUGUAACUGUUCCAAAACCCUACUUAAACCCUUCCUUGUACCUCAAAGCCCUGCAGCUACCUAACCAUGGAGACGUCCAGAGGCAUGUCCUUUUGAUCCAGAGUCACAUGAUAACAAGUGGGUUAGGCUCAAAUCUCCAGCUUAACAACCAAUUGUUGAUCUUGUAUACGAAAAUGUAUGAUAUGGACAAUGCACACAAAGUGUUCGAUAGAAUGUCCAAGAGGGAUGUGGUUUCUUGGACGGCUAUGAUUUCAGGGUACUCACAAUGUGGGUAUCACCGAAAUGCCUUGCUGUUGUUUAUGGAGAUGCGUCGAGGGCAAGUUAGGGCUAAUCAGUACACAUAUGGGAGUAUCCUGAAGGCAUGUGUCGGUUUAGGAUGUCUGAAAGAAGGGUUGCAGAUACAAGGAUGUGUGAUGAAGGGGAAGUUUUCAGAGAAUUUGAUUGUAAGGAGCGCUUUACUUAGUCUGCACACUAGGUUUGGGAUGAUGAAAGAUGCUCGUCUCUUGUUUGAUUCAAUGGAGGUAAGGGAUGUAGUUUCUUGGAAUGUAAUCAUCGACGGGUAUACCACCGCAGGCUUGGCAGAUAGUUCGUUUGAGCUGUUCCGAUCGAUGCUAAGGGAAGGGAAAAAGCCGAACUGCUUGACCUUCUGGAGCAUCUUGAGGGCUUGUAUUGCAGUUAACUCUCAUGUUAUGGUAACCAAGCUACACGGGUUGGCGAUCAAACUGGGUUUAGAGCCAUCUAAUCCGCUGAAUGGAUCUCUGAUCGAUGCAUAUGUAAAGUGUGGUGUCUUAGCCGAUGCCCGGAAAUCAUAUGACAGCUUGAAGGAAAAGGACGUAAUCUCUUCCACAGCUCUUAUUAGAGGUUUUGCAUCUGAAGCUGGCUCCGCUGAAAAUGCCUUUUAUGUCUUCAAACAGAUAAUACGGAAGAAAACAGGGGUCGAUGUUGUUAUACUGUCGUUGAUGCUUACCAUAUGCGCCAAUGUAGCAUCGGUAAAAAUGGGAAGGCAAAUCCAUGGUUUCGCCAUGAAAUCUCAGCCUGAAUUCGAUGUGGCAUUGGGUAACUCACUGAUCGGUAUGUAUGCGAAAUCGGGGGAAAUCAAUGAUGCCGCCCUCGCUUUCGAAGAGAUGAAACAGAAGGAUGUGAGAUCUUGGACAUCCUUGAUUGCAGGGUAUGGAAGACAUGGAUAUGGUGAGCAAGCAAUCUCACUUUACAACAAAAUGGAGAAUGAAGGGAUCAACCCGAAUGGCAUCACAUUCCUUUCCCUCCUCUUUGCUUGUAGCCACUCUGGACUCACCGAAAAGGGUCGGGAGAUUUUCGAAACCAUGGUCAGGAAGUACGGCAUCGAGCCUCGAGAGGAGCACAUAUCUUGCAUCGUGGAUCUGUUUGCACGAGGGGGUUAUCUCGAAGAAGCCUAUGAAUUGAUAUGCAAGACUGGUUUGAAGCCGAGUUCAUCAGCUUGGAGUGCUUUUCUUGAUGCGUGUAGGAGAUAUGGGAUCGUGAAACUCGGAGAAGUAGCAGCCAAGAAUCUUGUGAGUGUGGACCCGAAGAAACCCGUAAACUACGUAAAUUUGGCAGGUAUAUAUGCAGGUGUCGGCGAAUGGGACAACGCUUUCAGGACGAGAAAGCUUAUGAAAGAGAACAGUUCCCGCAAAGUUCCUGGUUACAGCCUUGUGUGUUGUACGGAGGACAAGACUCUGCAGCUUCCACGGUCUUGUUGAGGAAGAUGGAUGGAUCAUCCUUACAUUUGCAUAUCCUGCAAUGUAAUGUAACUAAAGAUCAUGUUUUCAUGAAUUUGUGUAUAGUUGC